AUGUCCGAGACUGGUCGGACGAGGGCCUCGGCCUCUCAAGCCCGGGCUCCUCUCGCGGAUGCGACCGAACGCAUCAAUAACGCUUCAUCCAAAAUUCCCGUCAAAUCAUCAAAGUCACGCGACAAAAACACCGAUCGCCAACGCCAUACCAACGACUAUGACCCGCCGGUCACUGGAGCGAAAGCCACAGCUACUUCGGCUGGUCCUCCUAGCGCUCGCAACCCUGCCGUUGCAAGAGCGCGAGCAUCCCAUGACGUCGACCCGUCGAAGCGCAUGUCCCAGGCAUCUCAGGCCUCCACGACCACAUCGAGCAAGAGAAGCAGCGGUUAUGCUUACAAGACACACAUUGGUCCCUGGUUGUUGGGCAGAACUCUCGGAAAGGGUUCCUCGGCUCGCGUGAGACUCUGCAAGCACCGCCUGUCUGGUGAAUUGGCCGCCGUCAAAAUUGUGCCCAAGAAGACAGCCUACCUGAUCCAAGCUGGUAGUCUUGCUGAACUUCACGACUACGACGACAGUUUACCCGAGAAGAUCAAUGGCGAGAUGCGUGUGCCUCUUUCAAUCGAGCGAGAAGUGGCCAUCUUGAAGCUGGUCGAUCACCCCAACGUUAUGAAGGUGUAUGAUAUUUGGGAGAAUCGAUCAGAGAUUUAUCUGGUGCUUGAGUAUGUUGAACAAGGCGACUUAUUCGACUACAUCAACACCAACGGUCGGUUCACUGAGGAGGGCGCUAUGUUCCUAUUUCGGCAAAUGAUGAGCGCUCUUCAAUAUUGCCAUUCCUUCAACAUCUGCCACCGAGACCUCAAGCCCGAAAAUAUCCUGUUGACCCCCGACAACAAGGUCAAAAUUGCCGACUUUGGUAUGGCCGCCUUGCACCAAUCUUCGGAGCAUCGACUUGUUACGGCUUGCGGCAGUCCUCACUACGCUGCCCCUGAGCUGUUGAAGCACAAGCACUAUCGAGGAGAUAAAGCCGACAUCUGGUCCCUGGGUGUCAUUCUCUAUGCCCUUCUAGCUGCAUGCCUGCCCUUCGAUGACCCGGACAUCGGUGCACUGCUUCAGAAAACCAAGAGAGGCAUAUACGAGAUCCCAGACUUUCUGAGCCCUGAAGCCAAGGAUCUUAUCCGCCGUAUGCUUGUGGCCAACCCUGACACAAGAAUCAGCAUCAAGGAGAUGUGGCAGCAUCCAUUGAUUCGGAAGUACGACUACCUCGAUGACCUUGGCAGCAAUUGCCAGCUCAACGACCUCCGCAAGGGCUUUCACUACACCCCGUUGAAGCCCCAUGAAGUUGACCCUCAUCUAGUUAGGCAACUUAGGUCAUUGUGGCACAUGCUCACCGAACAUCAGAUCAAGUUGAAGCUCAUGGACUCUGCGAAAAACGACCAGAAGCUAUUCUACUGGCUUCUUCACAGCUACCGCCAGAAACAGCUAGAAAAUUUUCUCCCAGAGUUGUCUCAGUCUCCCAGUGACUACCAUCACCUCCAUGAGCCUGUUUGGAAGAAGAGGGUAUCAACCGUCGAAUUCAACCAGCCCAGAGCAGACGGAACAGGCAGAAGCGUCUCGCGUUUCACAGUCAUCUCUCAUGUUGCGGAGACAGAUGAUGGAACGAUCCAGAGCUACGAUCCCUAUAACUCAAGCCGACCUAUGCGAGGGCAUUCUCAGGCCAGUCAUGCAAAGAUUGUUGUUCAUCGUAAUCGUCGCGGCUCCAUGAAGCGGGAUAGUACGCAGACAUCACAGUUGUCACGCAUCAAGACAGCCUCGACACUGCGUCAUUCCCGCGUCAACUCUCAGCGAACAGCAAACUCUGGCCGCUUCCAGUCCCCUCGCAGCUCGAUGAAUUCGCUCCAUAGCAGCAGACAAGGAACUUCUUAUAGCCGACCGGCUUCCCGCCACAAGCGAGGCAUCGACUUUUCUCACAUAAGAAAGAAGUCUACCGAUGCUCAUGCCGACAAGCGUCGCCGAGGUGUCCCGAACGCUAUUGGAGAGGAGGCCUACUUGGAGAGACCCCAAUCCCCGACAAGUCCACCAAAGCGCAUUUCCAUGAUGGACAGACCUAGACCAAAGCUGAAAAUUGUGAAGCCUCGGGAUCCGGCGGUCAUGGUCAACGAGGAAGUUCGGCACUUCAGCAACAGCAUCGCAAAGGACUGUGAUGAAGCCUUCAACAGCUUCAUAUCUGCCGAUGAGACAACAGAGCUGGUUUUAGAAGACAAGAGUGGUAUCAAGAGAGAGUCUACGGGCCUGUCUUUGGGACCAGUGACAUCCUCUCCCGAGACUUUGACCAAUCCUUACCAUCCAUGGGAUACUCGACCCUUGCCGCCUUUGCCGCCUCCCAAAUCGACGCCAUCUUCAAGUCCGGAAGCUGAGAGGCCCAGCAAGAAUUACGACCAUCCCAAGGAUGCGCAGCAUUCUGGCCGUGUCGGAAAGUUUGUCGAUCAAGUCAAUCGUCUGGGCUUUCCUACUUUACUUCCUAAGCAAGACCGCCGUACUGUAUCCGCGCCUACACAUAGUCAAAACAAGAUGACUGGUCGCUUGCCGGCAAUCAACGAGAAUGGACGAGAUUCAGAGUCGUCAUCCCACUGGGGGGAUGCUGAUCGGAACAGGGUGGUAUCUGCCCCGCCAAAGACCCCCGGCGGUUACGCUGACAACGACGGUCUUGAUUAUCUGGUCCAAGCAGGAGAGACUAUUCGUGUUGUCAACUCGCCAAGUGCAACGAGCCCGAUCCCGAAGCCUCUGAACGUGCGAAAGAAGACUGCUGAGCGGCCGGCUUACGAGGACCAGGUCGAGGAGCGCUACGUCUAUAUGCAUGGUGCAUCGGGUACGGAUGAACCUUCGACUCCAUCUGCUGCUACUUAUGGAAGUGGCACAACGAAGCAGAAGAAGUCCUCAUGGUUCAAGCGGUACUCAAAGGAUAGCACCUCUAGAGAGGGUAGCAUCAAUACCGAGGCAACCCAGGAAACCCAGGCUUACAGCAUGACAACCCAGUCUACAGCCCCGAGCCGCUCGGAGACAAAGAUUCAUGAGCAUCCUCCCCCAGUUGCAACCAAGAAGAAGGGCUUCGGUCUGCUUUUCUGGAAGAGCAGCAAGGCUAAGUCAGAGGGAAAGAUGGCGAUCGCUGGUCCGGAUUACGAUGACUCUCCCUCCCCCGACGACCGAAGAGUUACUGGGCACGAAACGAGCCGGAAAUCAGUUAAGAGCUGGAACGACUCUGAAAAGGGAGCUCGUACAAUCGCGGUUCAUCAAAACUGGCUGGCUCGCCUCUUCGGUGUCAAGCCCGCGACGAGCUACGUUUGCCUAGUCAUGUCGCGGAAGCGAGCUCGGCAAGAAAUGGUGAUCCUCCUCAAAGACUGGCGACGUUAUGGUAUGAGAGAUAUCCAGGUCGAGAAGGAGAGAAACAUUGUGUUUGCCCGAGUUGGGGCACAGAAUUACUUAGGCAUGAAGGAAGUUGCAUUUGCUGCGGAGAUUAUGACAGUGAUCGAGCACAGGAAGAAGGGUCCCCUCUGCAUUGUACGAUUUACGCAAGAGCGCGGGGCGGCCAGCAGUUUCCACAAGGUUGUGGACACGGUCCGUACGGUGUUCGGAUCGCGAGGGCUGGUUGUCGCCGACAAGUCCAAGGAGAAGAUGAUGAUCAAAACGCUCAAUUCCUGA